AAGGAAAUGGACAAUCAGACUACAGUGACUUAUUUUGUCCUCCUGGGAUUGUCAUACAACCCACCAGUCCAAAUUUUCCUCUUCAUGAUGUUUUUAUUUAUGUAUGCAGCAACUCUGCUGGGAAAUAUGGUGAUUAUAGCAAUAAUAGUGACCAGUGAUCAGCUUCAGAGCCCCAUGUACUUUUUCCUGAGUCACCUGUCUUUCCUCAAUAUUUGCUUCUCUUCAGUCACUCUGCCUAAGCUUCUAGAGAAUUUAUACACAACACAAAAAAUCUCAUACAGUGGCUGCAUUGCCCAGAUGUUCUGCAUCCUUAUGACAGGAUCCAGUGAAAGUCUCAUCCUUGUAGCAAUGGCUUAUGACAGAUAUGCAGCCAUAUGCAAGCCCCUGCAUUAUGUGCAAAUCAUGGACAAAGUGUUUUGUAGAUGGUUGGUGGGAGGUGCAUGGAACAUUGGCUUCACAUACGCGCUUAUCAAUACAUUACCUGUAUUGAAGCUACUGUUCUGUGGUUCAAAUAUUAUCAGGCAUUUCAGCUGUGAACACCCAUCUUUACUUGCUUUGUCCUGCACAGACACAUUUCCAAAUGUGAUUACUUUCUUAAUUUCUGGAACUGCUAUAGCAGUUUCUUCAGUUGUUGUUAUUCUGUUUUCCUACAUUCACAUUGUCUCUACUGUCCUGAAGAUGCAGUCAGCAGAGGCAAAGAAGAAAACCUUCUCUACUUGCAGUGCCCACCUUAUUGUGGUGCUUCUAUACUAUGGUACAGGCUGCUUUAGAUAUAUGAGACCGAACUCUGUCUCCUCAGCAAUCCUAGAUGAAAUUUUUUCCAUCCAGUAUAGCAUUUCAACCCCCAUGCUGAAUCCCAUUAUUUAUAGCCUUAAAACGAGGGAAAUCAAGGUCCACAUAAAAAAAUUAAUGGGAUUCAAAUGA